CUGACAGGGUAUACGAUAUUGACAAUGCCUUUCACGAGAAGAAUUAAAAUUAAAAAAUUAUAAAAUGUGUAUUUCUGUCGAAAGAACGAUUUUACAAUAUUAUCCCAUAAACAUUACGAUUAAAAUUUACAUUUCUACACUGAAUUUGUUUGCAUGUGAAUAAUCCCGUUUUGGUGUAAUCAUUGAAAACUGUUAGAAAAGUGUGUAAAUAUAUAAGAAGCCAUUCAGCUUAAUAAAAAAAUUGUGUGUAAAAAUGUCCAAUACAAGCUGGAUGAUGAGAAAUAGAAGCCUGCGGUCGAAAGCACCGACACUACCUUCCGAUUGGUAUCGCUUAGACAUAAACAAAACAAAAAAUGAAAGUGCGGUCGAGAUAUACGUCGAGCUCAGCUCGCCGAAAUUAAGCAUACCAAGGCGAAUUAGUUUGCUCAACGCAUUCGUUACAAUUUAUGAUCCAAAAAGGGAGAAAUCAAAAUUUAGUUCGCAUUCAGAGUUGGCGGCCGUCGAUGAUAUCAUAUUGAACAGCACGGAGGUGGAAUGUUCGACGGCAACUGAUGAUAGCAUAACCAUAUUCACAGCGGAAGAGCUGCUCUUAUGCCUUAGCGCAUCGCUGGGACAUCAAGUCACCAAUGUUCGAGCGGGAUCGUUGCGUGCAAUUCGAUACAUACUUCGGUCGGCCGACGAUCUGCAAACAUUCAACGAUAUGCAAUUAACACAUCUUCUAUGUCGCAGCCUUGAUGUUUUGGUCGAGUAUGAGGAAGAGCGUGUUCAGGCCUUAAAACUGGUGCGCAAAAUGUUGGCCAUCUCGCCGAAACUGGUCAGUCCAGUAAUUGUACGAUCCCUGGUAGCACUCGGUGACAGUGGUGUCGAAGAGAAUGACCGAAUGUUGCGUGCUUGUUUAGCCACAUUAUGUGAAUUCGGUGUUUUAAAUCCGGUUCUGUUAAUUGUAUGCGGUGGCGUAAGUGUAAUCACACGAAAUGUAAUGGAAUGUCACAGUCCAAGAAUAGCGGAAAGUUUGUGCGGUGUUUUGUUGCACUUGUUGGAAUGGCCACAGACUAGGCAUAUAGCAGGUGUCCGAUUAGAUUGUUUAGCUGCCCCGUAUUGUGACUUCACUUAUCGCCUGGGUAUUAUGGACAAGAACAAAGAUGCCAGAGAUCUUCGAUUCACGUGCAGUCGGCUGGCUCUUUUAUCGGUUUUGCGUAGUUGGACUGGUACUAUAGAGUUCUGUGAUCCAAACCGACCAUCCGGUCUGAAGGCAAUUGUCGAUGUGCUGUAUUUGAAUCAGCUGGAAGUGCGCAAAGCUAUAUUAGAUUUGUUAUAUGAACUGUUGUGGCUGCCGCAACCGGUAUGGACCGACGAAUAUUCGGUUGCAUUGGCUGCUAUCGAUCCGGCUGAAUAUCAAGACACAUGGAGCCUGGCGGAAGGUUUUGUGGCAAUGGAGGGAAGAAAUGUUUUACCAAGUUUAGCCAACUGUGUGCCAAAUAUAUGUGAAAUACACACGUCGUUAUUGCUGUAUUGUUUUUUAGAAACAGGUUUAUUGAAUGCCUUAGUCGAAGUGGUUGUGUCCAGUGACACAUUCAUUUCCGUACGGGCGACCGUUCUUAUUGGGAAAUUAAUUCAAAUGAUGCACACGCAUCUGCCUAGCGACAUUUUUAAUACAAGCUCAGCGUUACCAGCCCUUGUUACGCAUGCAAUUCAGGGAAACCAUCAGGCACGGGCCGCCAUAAAUGCUCUACAUAAUUUGCAUGAGAUGCACAAAAAUCGGCCAGCGUCGUGCAGUUUAUUUCUCGAUUUGAUUAUCCAAAGUGGCGGCAUCAUCAAUUCGAAAUUGUUCAAACGAGAGCUGAAACUGAGCGACACAUUUUCAGCUGCCCUACCACAAUACGAUACACUCGAACGCCGGCGACACGAUUCGGUCGGUUCGAGUACGAGUAGCGAUGAAGCGUCAAACACUUCGGUGUUGUCAUUUAGACGUGGUGGCCUUAAUAAAUCUUAUAUCAAACAGUAUCUUGCCAAUCUCAAGGAAAAACUCAAACAAAACGAACGUCUGCUACGCGAUUCGAAUGUGUUGGUGAACGAAGAUGGCAAAGUGUGGGACUGGGACAUUAUCAUCAAUAUAUUGAAGUCGGAUGUGCUGUCGAAGCUGGACGAAAAUCACUGCAGAUUUAUUCGUCGGUUAAUUCACUAUUACAAGCCGAGCAGUAAUCGAUUUUCGCAUCAAGACCUUGGUCAUGGUAGAAUGAUACCGCCAGUUGUGAUGGCAGGCAUCGAGCUGAUCGACUGGUUAUCGAAAACUGCUGACCUCCAAUGUGUUCGAAUGUUGACCGAUCUAUUCUCCGACAUUAACGUUCAACUCCAUGCGAUAUCGUCGAAAAAUCCCCACGAAUGUUUGUUCAGUCCGCAGCACAUGACCAGCACGAUGAGUCAACAAUAUUUCAUAUUCAUCGGACGAAUGUGCCGCACAACGGCUAGCAUGCGAAUACUCGUGAACACAAACAUCUUCAAACAACUGUCCAAAUUGGUCACGACGACCAGAUUCACCUGUUACGUGAAACUGAUCGUGUCAGGUCUGGACUACUCGAACGAUUCGAUGCCACGAGAGAUUCUCGGCAAUGCGUUGACGGCCAAGCGUACCGCCUCCCGAUUGUACGCGACCCAGUUCAUGUUGGUGUUGUUGCGAGCAAGAAUGAUCAAUUUCGAGGUGUGGGGACUGCCGUUGCUGGUCGCUCAAACGAGAGACGCGGAUCGAACGGUCGCUCUGACGGCUUUGGAAAUUCUGGAUGAAGCGUGCUACGAAAGGAUGUAUUUGGAGGAAUUGGUCAACAGUUGGUAUAGGUUCGACAACCUUGGUGACAAUGGUUCACUUCUGAUGAUUCGGUACUAUUCGAUACCGCGGGGCUUAUUGCACCCGAAAGCGAAAGUUAAGCAAGAAAUCGAUUUGUGGGUCAAAAGUUACUGCAAAAGAUAUGUUCUUCUGGUUGAGGCUGACACCCAUGCAGUCCUAACGUUACAUACCAAAAGCGACGACGGAACGUACAGCAGAAGGAAUUGUUCGUCCAGGCGUUCUACAUUUUUACCUAACAUUUUACCUCAUUUAUACGGUCAACUGGCUCAAACGACAAAGGGGUUGACUGAAAUCAAGGAGCAUGGACAUAUUGAAAAACUAAUUGACAUUUUACAUCAAUUGAAAACGGAUACGGAAAUGGAUUGUUUGGUACUGAAGUCAGCGAUGUGGGCACUGUCCCACCUGGCCACCAGCAACGACGGAUUACAAUAUUUGGACGAGGAGAAGUCACGAAUUAUUGAGAAAAUUAUAUUUUUGGCAAAACACUGUCCCGUUUAUUCGAUUCGUGCCACAGCCGUUCACUGUUUGAGCUUAAUUGGCACCACAAAACUCGGUGCUGACAUUCUCUUCAAAUACGACUGGAUUUGCGUGCGUCACGACCGGGAUACAUUGUGGCCGAUCUGUGAACCAGAAGAUUGGAUGUCGAAGCAUAUGACACCCAUUCGACAUCAGUUGGAUGAUAUGCCGUUACCGUACAAUUACACGGGAAUUGACGAAAAUUUGAAUGGAUUUUUCACAGCCAACGAAACAACGACACCGCUUUUCUUCGACGAUGCGUCGUGUGACAAAGUUGACGGCAGCGAAAACAAUGAGAUCAACCCACAAAAUCCAACUCGUUCGAAUACACUUCCCGAUACAGUCAGUCGUCCGUUCCACUUGAAGCACACCCGUUCAUUGUCCGAAUCGAAGACCACCGACGAAUUCAGUUCGGUGGUUACGUCACGGCCUCGUUUCAAUUCCGGCACCGAUUCGAAUACGUCCGGUGUGAGUAGCUCGGAUUCGGUGUACGGCCGGUAUAUGGUCAGUGAUCUGUUGCAAACGCUGAGCCCGAUUCCCAGUUCGUCGAAUCUAUUGGAAGUGCACAAGUCGACGAAUUUACGCAUACGGAAGAUUUCGUUGACGGGUGCGUCGUUCCGUGAGACAACCAUCAGUCCACAGGAUGAAACAGGCUACGCAAAACUUCGGUCGAUUCGACGGAAUACUAGGCCGUUGUUGUCAGAGUCUGCAGCCGAUGAACUGGCAGAAGUUAUUCACGGAUCGAAGUUGUCGCAGCAGCGUAAAUUGAAAGUGAGAAGUUUGGAUCGAAGAAGUUCAUUCGGUUACGAAGAAGCACCAAAGAGGAGUCCUGUCCGUGUUCCUAACAAAACUGACGCAAAGGGCCCAAUUUAUUCAGGUAUUUGUCUUCCAAAGAACAUCUUAGAUUUAUUCAACCAUCCACCAUCUUCCGGAACUUAUGUGUCACAAUGCGUUCAAGAAAUGGAAGCCAUUGACAUUUCAGCGAACGACGGUUCUGAUAGUUCAGUAAGUAGCCUAUCCGAUAUAUCCAGCAGCAACAGCAAACGAUCGAAAUUCGUCGGCAAACACAAUUCCAACAUAUGCCUCAGCUGCUGUCGCUUAAAGGCCAACAGUUCACAACGGUACGACAGCGAUCGCAACAUUCAUCGACCGAUCAACACCAACAAUUCACCGUACAAUUCCACAUUCAUAUCGUCGGACAGUGUGCUGGCCGAAGAUAAUAUGCCAUACCGAAUCACCAUCAAUAUACUGCGACACGUUCAUCGGAUCGCCAAUCCGGUGUGGAGCAAACAGUCGAAAAUAGCGCUGCUCGAACUGAAACAGAAACAUCCGGCCUCGUUCCAGAACAUUUGUCUGUAUUCGGAAGUGUGUAAGGCGCAGUCCAGUAACACAUAUCGUUUGAAUUCACGUCGCUUUCUGCAGGAGUUAUUUUUCGACUUGGAUUUUAGUGGUUUUUUCGCCGAAGCGGGUGAAAUUGCGGAACGGAAGUCAAUGGCGGCCAAUGCUACAACAGCUGCAGCUAUAUCGGAUUGUGAUGUCGUUGAUGGUGCUAGUUGUAGUAAUAACGUUAGUAGUAAUAAUUAUAAUAAUAAUAGUAGUGGCAGCAGCAGCAGCAGCAGUAGUAUUACUAGCGAACAAAUUUAUACACUAAAAACACAACUGAAAUCACCUUUACCAAGUGUUACAGAGGCUAGUGUCGAAGAUCUUCUUCAGCAGGGUAGAGCGAGUAACAGUAAUCAUCUUGUUGAUUGCAUCGAAACCAAUGAUGAUGGUACCAAAAAGCCAUCAAACCAUAAUUUACGAUAUUCAGGGACGGGACGACCGCGAUUCAAUACUUUAGAGUUAGACCUUAGUUGUACAAAGAAUAAAUUUCCGAUCACCGAUCGUCGAAAGAUGGACUUUUCGCCGACAUUCACAUCGAAUGGGAUAUUCGAUCAGUGUGUGGUGAAGAAAUUGUCCACGUCGAUGAGUACGGCGGGCAGUCUAUUUUGUGAGAAACGUAUUAGUGCAUCGAAGUCUGAAGCUGCUUUCGACAAGCCUAAUGUAGAAGUUAAAAGUCCUAUUAGCUAUACCGAUUUGAUGAAAUUGAAACGUGAACAAUGUCCUCCAUGCAAGUCGGAUGAAUAAAAGUCCGUUGUCUGUAUGUAUGUUUGUGUGUGCGUGUGUCUGAGCCUGGGUGGUUGUCUAGCUAGGUAAGUGUUCGUUUGAGAUUGCUUUAUUUUCGUAAGUUAUAAAAGGAAGAAGAAGGAGAAGAAAAUGAGAGAAAAAUUUAAUGUAUUUUUGUAACGCAAUGGCAAAUGGAAAUUAAUUUUCGUUUUUCCUGCUUUCUAAACACAUUAGUUUUGUAUACGAAUUUAGAUUUUAUAAAAAUGGCGAAUUGUGGCGUGAAAGUUGCAAAUUUGUGUGUACAUAUUUGGGAAGAGAAAAGUUAUAGUAGACGGGGGGUAGAGAUAAAGAGAGAGAGAGAGAGAGAGAGAGGAACAGAUAGAGAGAGAGUCCUGAAAGUUAUGUUAUUUGGAAACGGAUCAAAAACACGAAUGUAAUCAAAAUAAUAAAAAAAUUAAAUUGGCUUCCUAGUCAGUUCAAUAUUUUCACAUUAUGUACACCCUUUGCCGCCAUUUUCAACCAAAGACCAAACUAUAAAAAGACUUCAUAUUUUUCUAACUUACGUUAAACAACUUGUCGAAGUAAUAGAGCCCACAUCUUUCUUUCUUGAUUUUUAUUUAAAAAAAAUUCUUCAGCAUACUGACAGCCUACGAGCCUAUCAGUCCAUCAUGUGUAAGGUAAUAGUUCGAAACCUACUAUACCUGCUAUACUGAGGGACUAUUUUGAAAAAGCAAUUUUCCACAUUUUUCCAAAUUUUCGCAAUUGUUUUUCGAAAUUGUGGAAAAUUCAAGAAAAUUUGGACAAAAAUUAUAUCGCAGAGAAAUCAAAUUGAAGAUUUUGGGAGCAACCCAAGUUUUCGGAUCAGAAAAAUCAUAAGCAGAAGGUAACGAUACUCAGCAUCCGCAAAUAGAAUGAGUCGAGUGACAUUUAUUUUCAACAAAAAAAAAACUCAAAAUAAACUUCAGUUUUAAUUCGACUCACACAUUAUAUCCACCUGCCACCUGCUCAUCAUUUCUCUGUUUCGAAUUUUCGACUGGUAAUUUUCGUGUCGAAUCUAAAUCUUAACUAAAUUUUAUCACAUUCAUUUUGACAUCAAAAUCGUGGUUUCUCUAUGAUGUAUAAGCCGACUGAGAUUACACUGUACACCCUCUGUUGAUUAAUGUGAAACCGCUGAAAAUUAAAAAUGCCAGAAUGGCAUAGGUUUCGAGCUUUGGUCUCAUGAGGUGCUGAUGAUCCGCGUGAGCUAUUGGCAUUCUUUUCUUUCAACUAUAAAUUGAUUUAUUUGGACAAAUGAAAAGUUUCUUAGAAAUUGCUGGUUUGUAGAUUUUGCUUGUGAUUU